CAAAAGGCACAGCUUUUAGCCAUUGGUUUGUGAUUUAAGGCAUCCAAAAACCCAAGUUAGUUGAGAGUUUUAAGGAUGGGGAAGAGUUUUAGGAAGAGAUUCUCUUGCAACAGUUUGAUGUUUAAAAUGUUGGUUGUGACAUUGACAGUCAUAGUUUGUGGAAUUGUGGAGGGUGGUUCACUUACUAAACAGAAGAGUCUGAACGUUGAGAAGAAAAUGAACUCUCUUAGAAAGCAAGCAACAAAAAGCAUUCAGAGCAAAGAUGGCGACAUCAUAGAUUGCAUUAACAUCUACGACCAACCUGCUUUUGAUCAUCCUGCUCUGAGAAAUCACACCAUCCAGAUGGCACCAACUUAUGAUCCCACCAUGGAUGAACAUUCAAAGAAAGCAACAGCAGAAAGGGAAGGGAUGGAGGGAAAGGAUUCCAUGGUUGUGAAACAAACAUGGAGGAAAAGUGGCAGUUGUCCUAAAGGAACAAUACCAAUUCGAAGGAUCCAAAAACAUCUCCUACGCAAAGCUGAUUCGAUGGAACACUACGGGAGAAAGAGACCGGCGUCUUCGCAAGAAAUCGCUCAGCUUUCCAACAGCCGAAGUUCGCACUAUCUACUAAAAAAUCAUUCGAAGGCAUGUCUGCUUGCUUUAGGAAACAACUACAAUGGAGCCAAAGGAGACAUUAAAGUAUGCAACCCGAAGGUCGAAUUCGAUGAUGAAUACAGUACUUCCCAAGUUGCUCUAUUAACUGGCCCUUACUACAAUUACGAGGCCGUCGAAUCCGGAUGGGCAGUAAAUCCAGGUGUUUACGGGGACCGACAGACUCGACUGUUCGUGUAUUGGACUGUUGAUGCUUCCCACAAGACAGGCUGCUUUGAUCUCACUUGCCCUGGUUUUGUUCAAACAAGCAAUGAAAUUGCUCUUGGUUCUGCUAUUUAUCCAAUCUCAACUUCAACUGGGCUUCCAUAUGAAAUAACUAUGUUCCUUUUUAGAGAUUUAAAGACAAAUAAUUGGUGGGUACAAUAUGGUGAAAGCAUUGACAUAGGUUAUUGGCCUUCUGAGUUAUUCAAUGCUCUAAAAUAUACUGCAGAAACAGUACAAUGGGGAGGGGAAGUUUACAGCACAAAGUUAGGAGGACCUCCUCACACUAGAACAGGUAUGGGCAAUGGAAAGUUUCCUGACUACAUUUCUGGUGAUUCGGGUUGGGUAAAACGGAUAAGAGUUCGAGAUAACUCGAUGGUUUUGAAGUUUCCUGAUUGGGUUGAGCACUACUCUGAUGAAUAUGAUUGUUACGACAUCGAUUUUAUUCGAGAUUAUUUAGAUGAUCCUGAACUAUACUAUGGAGGUCCAGGUAAAAAUCCAAAGUGCCCCUAAGAGACUUUUACAAAACCAGGAUGAUUAUCUUGUUUUCAUUAAAUUCCUUCAUGUAAUGAAUAAAUUCUUACUUGCAAAUUGCAACA